AUGGCACAAAACUUCAAGACUUUAAUUCAUUUAUCCAUUCUUUUGACUGAUGAUGAAUUAUCCAAGGCUCUUAGUGUAUGGUUCAAUGAACCUACAACAUUCACACAUUGGGAGCCCAUUGGUGAAAUGGGAAAAGGAGACUCAUAUUUAAGUGAUGUAUACAAAAUAAAAAUAUACGGCCAAUGCAAUGGAUCAUCAAAGCACAUACAAAUCAUUGUAAAGACCAUUCCAAAAAAUACUUCCAGACGUCUAACAUUCCGCAGUCAUGAUUUCUUCAGGAAUGAAAUUAACUUUUACCAAAAAGUAUUACCUGUAUUACUCAAAUUCCAAUCUGAGAAAGAAAUGUCAGAGUCAUAUACAAAUUACACAAAUGUUUUUCUAGCACUAUCUGAUGGUACUAAUGAUGUGAUCUGUUUAGAGGAUGUGUCUUUAGAAAAUUAUGGAAGCCCAGUACGCCAAGAAGGCAUAGAUUAUGAACAUUUCAAACUGACUUUGAGGGUGCUCGCAAAAUAUCACGCAUUAUCCUUUGCAUUCCGUGAUCAACACCCAAAUGAAUUCUUUACCAUUAGCAAUUUCGUAUCAGAAGAAUAUUAUGAUGAUAAACAUUGGGACUGGUAUGAACGUUUCUGGAAAAGGAUUUCCUCGGUGGCUAUUGAUGCAGUUGAGAAAGAGUAUCCAAAUACUCACUAUGUAAAUAAAGUCAAAGAGUUUGCAGUACCGGAACAGUACAAAAAUAUGAUUAAAGCUGCUAAAGACAAAACUAACUGUGUUAUAUCCCAUGGAGACUGUUGGACAACUAAUUUCUUAUAUAAGUAUGACAAAGAUGAAGUUAUCGAUGCGAAAAUGAUUGACUUUCAAUUAACUAGAUGUGCUAGUCCAGUGCUAGAUAUAUCCUUUGCAAUAUAUGCAUGCACCGAUCAAUAUUUACGGUCAAAAUACUAUGAUGACCUAUUGAAAUAUUACUAUGACAUAUUAGCAAAGCAGAUAAAUGAAAUGGGCAGCGAUUCAAAUAAGGUUUAUUCAUGGGAAACAUUUAUGAGAGAAAUGAAGAAAUAUUCCUAUUUUGGACUGGCGUUUAGUUUCGAAUCUACACCGUUUAUUAUUCUAGCGCCGGAGGACGCAUUCAAUAUGAAUCUAUCGGGAGACGAAAAGAGGAAUAUUGAAGAGUUUUGGCCAGUAGCACCAAUAAAAACUAAGGAGGGUAGAUUGAGAGAAGCAAACAAUAUAGUACACUGUGUUGAUCGGGGGUAUAUAUGA